UCCAUGUUAUAUGUCCGCGGCGAGCGAAUGACCCCAAAAUGGCGGCGUUCAUGCCUCUCAGCCAAGAUAGUACCGCCUAUUGGGAGGAGGUUGAGUCCAAGAUGGCGGCCUUUAUAGCCUAGGUCGGGCAACAGCGGAACGGGACUCCAAGAUGGCCGCUCGCAGAUGCUGCCUGUUACUCGGAGGCGUCCGCUUUUAUAACGCGAAGCCUGUGAAGAGGCGGGUUCGUGAGCCGUAUCGUUUGGACCCUGAUGACCCCAAGACGCCGUUCUGGCAACUGACAGACGCCUACCGGGCCAAGCUGUACGGUCGCUAUGGGGCGGCCUCGGGGAUCGACCCGACGAAGCUGUGGCCCACACCCGAGCAGCUGGAGGCGAUGGAAGAAGAAGAGAGAACCUGGUACCCGUCGCUGCGGGAAAUGGAGAUGUCGCUCGAUGCAAAGGAGGCGGAGGCUGCAGCUAAAAAGCGGCAGAGAGAGGAGCUCAUUGCUGCCAGAAUGGCCAAAAUGCCCGGGAUGAUUGCAGCAUGGAAACAGGAGAGGGAAGCACUUAAAAUCAAGAUGGCUGAAGAAAAAGCACAGCGACAACGUUUGCUAGCUGAGGCCCGUGAACGCUUUGGCCACAAAAUGAAUGAACACAGCCUUGAGUUCCAAGAAAUGGUGCAAGAAAUGGAGAAGGCUAAGAAGAAGGAGCUAAGGGAGCAGAGGAAACGGCGUAGAGAAGAGGCAUUGGCCAGAAAGGCACUGGAAAGUACAGAUGCUGCUUCAUCCCCUGAUAAAGACAAGGAGGUGGCUGUAGCAGAGUUGUCACACCAGGACACACAGACUGUUGAGUCUUUCCCUGAAACAGGUGCAGCUUCCAAGCUGUGACUUGAGCUGAUGGCUUUGCAUGGUUCCCAGAGGUCCAGUGCACUGAUUGCAAACCUGGUGGUGAUUUCAAACCGGUUUAUAAUUCUUCCACGAAGGUGAAUUCCAAUACAUGUAGAAUAUUCUGAUGUAUCUUUGACAGUUCAACACUGACAAAAUUGGACACCAAAAUUUUGUUCCAAAUGGCAAUAAACCAUCCCCAUGGAUAACUCUGGAUCCCCUGUCCUUUCUGUUACUUGAUUCUGAGGAUGAUGCCAAACAUUAGCUGCUGUUUGUCCCAGUAGAAUAAGCUGGCUGUGCCCUACUUGUGUGCAUCCUUUUUGUAGUUAAAUAAACAUAUAUAAUAUUUAA